GAUUUAAAAUUUUUAUGCAAACAUCAAACUCUCAAUAAAAGAACCUAAAGAGAUAUUGUUGAAACUAUACUUAGUGAAAAUUUAAGAUUGUAUAUUUUGAAGGUUGCUAAGAUAAUGGAUAUAUCUAUGGGGUUGUGUGUGUUGGGCACCAUCCAGAUCCUUACACCAUACCAAACGAACCUCCUUUCCUUCUUCCAAAUCCGAAGAUGCAAUAUGCAGAUUUUCCGAUAUUGAUUGCAAUUAGCGAUUCGUUUAUCUACGGUUUGCUUUUUGCUAUUCCAAUUUUGUUAACGAAGAAGAAGAAGAAGUAAAUCUGAGCAGAAUGGGAGAACGCAAGUCUUCAUCUAAGGAAAAGUCUUCCAGAAAGAAGAGGCUCAAAGUUUCCUCUAAGGCUUUAUGUUGCAGCAGUGGAAGAGCAUACCUGUUCAAUGAAGUGGUAAAUAUAACUUUUGGAGAGAAUGAGGAGAGGACGUUACUUUCUGGAACGUACACUGUGAAGGAUAUAUUUUGUCGCAUCUGUGGGCAGAUUCUUGGCUGGAAAUAUGAGAAAUCCCAUGACGAAAGCCAGAAAUACAAUGAAGGGAAAUUUGUCCUUGAAAGAGUCAAGAUCAUUGAUGACGAUGACGAUGAAUUCUACAUUGAUACUCGUUCAAGCUCAAGUGAUGAUGAAGAUGAAGAUACAGUGUAAAUUGUGGGAGCUUAGUGCACCAAUUUGCAGAUACUUGUAUCUUAUAAACUUAGCAAAAGAAUAGUUGUACCUUAUCUGGAGAUCUCCCCAAGUUUGUGGAUGUUAAAACGAAGUUGCUGCAGAAGUGUUCUCUAAUCAAUAUGAGCUUGACUUGUGUUAAAUGUUUUAUUGGCCUUG